CUUUCUAGUGAUAAACAUCGCCACUGCGCAGGCGCAUGACAUGCUCAGAACGAUCUGUUGUCUCUGCGCCCGCGCAAGGAAAUCACCCGACUAUCUAAAAAAAAUGGGGAAAUGAUGAUUUUUCCUCAGUACAACUUCGUUAACACACAUGUCAACGCGUAUCUGUGUUUUAAAACUUGUCAAUGAUGGAAUGGUCUCAAUCAUGAAAUGAUUUUAAACAGAAAAAAUGAACAAUGAAUUGGGAGGACAUCAUAUAUCAGUGUCUAUAGCUGCGGGGAUGGCUCAUCCACAAGACACAGAAAUGUUAGAACCGGAUGGUGAACUUGGAGGCCCCCUAAGUGAAGAUGAUGAUUCACUAGGUGAUGAAGAUGGGUUCGGUGGAGCUCAUCUCUUGCAUAGUGCCAUUGAGGAUGAAAUAACAAACUCUCUGACAGCUGCUGGAACAAUUCCUGGCCUUGCUGCUGCUGCGGCAGUUGUUACUGCACGGCGACGACAGAGACCAUAUAAGUUUGAAACUAAUCCAUCAACACGUAAACGACAAUACACACGACUGACAAGAAAAUUGAAGCAUACAAUGCAUGAAUUCUGCACAAGAUGUGGACAACAAGCAGUGUUAUUGUGUGUUUCACCUGGAAAAGAUAACCCCAGUUUUAAAGUAUUUGGCGCAUCACCUCUGGAUCAAGUGUUGAGAAGUUGUCAGAAUCUCAUUCUUCGUGAUUUAGAAAGAGUUUUACAAGAGCAAGCUCCUGCAGCAGCUGGAAGAAAUUCAGAAAAUCAAUUUGAACUUCCUGCUCUAAUCAUUGAUGGCAUUCCUACUCCUGUGGAAAAGAUGAAUCAGGCUCAACUUCGUAUGUUUGUUCCGGAGAUGUUAAAAUAUUCAACUGGAAGAGGAAAACCAGGUUGGGGAAGGGAAUCAACACGACCUGUAUGGUGGCCGCUGGAUGUUCCAUGGGCAAAUGUGAGACGUGAUGUUCGCACUGAUGACCAAAAACUUAAGGUGUCUUGGACAACGGCUUUGCGACAAAUUGUUAAAAACUGUUACAAGUAUCAUGGCAGAGAUGAUUUACUUCAAUGUUUUCCGAGUGAAAAUUCCCAAGGAGAUCGAAUGAAUCUGGUAGAAAAAUUUUGUGGAGUUGCUUCCGCUCGACAACAGCAACAACAACAUAAUACUGCUCAGAUGAACAUGACUCCUCCAACUCUUGUGCAAACUGUACAGAAUUCUGAUGGAUCAGUAUCUUUAGUCCAGCUUGAUUCUGGCCAAACAAUAGCAACAAUAACCCAAGAUCAAACAGGACAAGCUGUUGCAACAUUGACUGCACAGGAUGGAUCAGAAGGACCUUUGGCUGUGACCAUGCACCAGGUCAGUAAUGGACAGUGGUCAAUCGGUACUCCCGAAAAUCAACAGGGAAUAUCUGGUAUUGGUACAGUGGCAGAAAGUCCUGGAAAUAUCAAUCAACUGACAAUUGACCAAGAACAACAUCAGGUGAUAAUCAAUCAAACCAAUACAACAAUCAAUGCAAUAUCAAAGGAAUCAAUUGUUGAACAUCAGCACCAUCAUCACCAUCAACCCCAACAAACAUCUCAUACAAUAGGAAUAACAUUUGAUAGUAAUGGACAGGCUGUGGCAACAUUGCAAAACACCGGGAUACCUUCAGAUAGCCAGAUUGUUUUGUCUACGACAGCUGAUGCUGUUGAUGAGCAUGGAUCGACUGCUAUGGUACAAAUUCCUGUUUCUGUAUAUGAAAAAAUUGCCAACAGUAUACAGGGAGCCAACUUAGGCGGAACAGUUCGUAGAAUCACGACACAUCGUUUAGAUCACAAUAAUGAAAUUGAGAUUGAUACAGGACAAGACUCGCCUACUGAUGUAAAUCUAGGCUCUUUAAGGGUGGAUGGUUGACACAAAGCUGCGGAAGGACGCCUAGGAUAAUUUUAGCUAUAUUGAAAAUUGCCAAAGUGACUAUCCUAGUCAUGGUCAAUGAGAAGCUGCUUUUACUUGACAUGAUAUGAAAAAGUCUGGAAAAAAACAAUCCUGCACUAUGAUAAAACACAAUGCGGUUAGUUAUGUGAAAGUAUAUAGGACCAAACAAAAUAUCCAGCGACGCCUUUUCAUGCAGAAUCACUCAAAGCAGAGUCACAAGAAUUGAUCAAAAGUGUAGUAGCAGGAACCUACUGGUCUGCCACAAACCACUUCGAAAUGGUUCAAUUGAGGAAUCCUUGCGUAGAAGUCCUUAGUUCGCUGGAGUAAGUUCUUACCUGUUUUUUUUAGAACUAGCAGAUUACUGUAUUUUUAUGCUGUUUCUUGUAUUGUUCUAAUGUUAAAGUACCAAGUUAUAGUUUCUGUAUUCACAAGCGUUUCAUCAGUUUCAUUUAUCUUGUAUACAUUUGUGUUUCUCCUGUUUUUUCACUCACUUUGGUAUUGUGACACCAAUGACGUUGUUUUGAAUGGAGCAUUAAUAUACUUUAUAUCAUGUA